AUAGGCUUGAUUCUGCGACACUCAGCCCUAGAUUUAGCUUUACCGCCGCCGUUGAAAGCCUGCCCCCUCAAUCCAAGUAUUUCGCCGUUAGUGAACCUCCUAACUGACAGCCGUUAUUCCUAGCAUCAGGUCUCAUUUUUGUUAUACCCAUCAUAAUCUUAGAUCAUCUCUCGAAUAUUUCCAACUCGAGGUAACGCAACGAUGGAAUAUGUUUUGGAGAAACCUCAUGGUACACAUAACCUAUUUGAGCUAUUGACACUGAAAGCUCUCCUGACAUUCAGCACGGCGAAAGUUCUUCGAGGAAGUUCAAGGGUUCUCCCACAAAUCGCAGUUGGCACUACUAUAUUACUAUUUGGAUCAUACCUCUGGUCAUCGCACUUCGCCAGUCGCACGGUGAAUCCUGAUCAUAACAAGAUCACAUUGGAAACUGGUGAGGUUAUAAAAGGGGAUACGGGCGGCCACGGGCUAAGGAUCGUGGUAUUUGGGGGCGGGGAUAUUGCUACGCCAAAUCGAGCAUCGUGGAGAGCAGAUGGCCCUACCUCGUCUUGGACGGAUAUCCUUUGUUUACAGUUGAAUUGUAACCCUUAUGUCUCAUUUAUACCUCUCACAGACGACGACGGAGGCGCUUUCGUGUCGAAUUCAUUGUUCGAAGCUGCUCUGGCCCGUACAUCAACAGCUGGCAAUGACACUACUGCGGGACUUGAUUACUCCUGGCUAGCCCGGAACUAUCCAGUCCCUCCCCAUAAAGACCUUCUUCACCAAGUUGAAGCUUUCCUAGCCAGUCCCAUGCCCUUAAAGCCGCCUCGAGAGACGCUAUGGAUAUUCAAUGUUGGGUUUUGGGACAUAUGGAGCUUAUCAGCAUUACCUCUCAAAGUUGCUACACGACUUAUAGAGACUGAAGCGCAGCAUGUCCUCUCGCAGGUAGAAAUACUCUACGAAGAAGCGCACAAGAAUGAUUCAGUUGCUUUCUCAGACUACUACACUGGUAUGGGUUUAGAUACCGUGCACGUCAUAGGAGAGCAUUCAUUACCCCAAGCCCCUUUUCGCGUAUUUAUACCAAAACCAUUCGACAUAUCUAUGACACCUGGGUUUGAUAGCGUCCGCUUCACGCCUCCGCCGCCACACAUUCAAGCCGAACAAUUGCGAAACGCGGCGUUUCUAACUAAACAUUGGGAUAAGGUAAUCCAGAACAUGCUUAAUGAAUGGACAACUCUUCCGGACUUGGAAGAGAAGAAAGCGAAUUUGAAUGGGGUUCCUAUCCCGCCUGCCCGCCGCGAAGCGAUAUCAUAUGAUAUAUCCAGCUAUAUCGAAGAACUCAUCAUCGAAUAUCAGCUGCGGAACGCGGAUCUUGUCGAUCGCAACAGGCUCAGAUCGAUGGCGGCAGCAGAGGGGUAUACAGAAAUAUGGAAGCCUUGCAUCCAGAGGAAUGAUGUUCCUAGCGGGAACAGUAGUAGUGCUGAGAAUGCCACGGAGAGCGAUGGAUGGAGCGUGUGUAAUACACCCGACGAGCAUUUGUUUCAGACUGAAUUCACGGUUAGCCGGCGGACUAUCUUUGAAAUUGGAAAACGGGCGGCUAAGCUAUUGAAGCGUCACAUGGAAAUGGAUGAGGAGUGGGUCAGGAAGGCCCAACUACCACUGUCUUCUCUGCGUAGAGGACCUGGUGGAGAGCCCGAGACCCGAAAUUCUUAAUCCACGAUGCAAUGUUUCGGAGUGGUGGCUGAUCCUAUAUUUCCUUUCUUUAUCCUGUUCAAGAAGGGUUAGUGUUCAAACGACUUACCUAAUCUCUUUAGUUUAUACAUUUUCCGGUUAUCUAAUUACCAUACAUCUCCCUCUAAUAAAUAUAGAAGC